AUGACACCAGCUCUCCAGAUGAGCGAGAUUCCCUCCCACUACACGCCCAACUUCAAGACCCACGGAAAUUCAGCCAAGGAGCAUCCCCUUUCUCACUACAAAACUCUUACAAUCGAAAACGGUGGCCGAGAGACAGCUGUCUGGCAGCUUGGCAUCCCUCAAAUUGCUGCGGGCUAUAACUUCCUCACGCAUUGCGUCCUCUCAGUCACGUCGCUACACAUUGCAUAUCUUUCCGGACCUGAAGAACAGCCCAAGCAGUUCAAUCACUGGAACGCUAUAGCCGCUUCUCAAAUGAACCAAGCGCUUGCGGGCUAUCGUCACGCGAUUGAGAAAGUCACUCGAAAGAAUGUCGCUGCUGUGUUUGCAAGCUCAGCGUUGACUGCCGUUUACUUUGUCCGAACCUCGGUCCUAGAUUUUGAAGACUUAGAAGCCGCCUUCCCUCUGAGUGCUGCUCAUACAUCUGAGAUGGCUGGCAAAAUGAUAUCUUGUAUCGUCAGAACAAUGUGGGGACUUAGGGGACCACUAGAGGUUCUUAUGAAAGGUUGGACCUGGAUAGCUGACAGCAGUAUACAACCCGUGGCAUCAAGGAAAGGAUGGCCAAAGGUGCGCAAGCCAGCAUCACCUCUUGCCCGCGAUGAAGAUAAAAGGUUACAACGUAUCAAGGAUUUGUGGCUUCAAACAGACCGGCAGUAUGGUCCCCAUUCGCAGUACCUUAGCCAAGCCUUGGAUCAACUUCGCGAAACAUACGCUCUCAACUCACAACUCCUUCAGCUAGGAGCUUCCAAAGCUUGUCAUGGAACCGAAGUUCUACUCGAUCGCGGUGCGCUGUUCUCGUGGGUCACGCGUGUUCCUCGUGAAUACAUUCAGCUCGUCGAAGCCCAAGACCGCGAUGCGCUGGUCAUUCUAGCGCAUUUUGCCGUAUUGCUUAUCAGGACAAACUCGGUAUGGUGGCUUGAGGGCUUGGGUACAAACUUUGUAAGGGCUGUCGCGGUAGCGUUGGGAUCAGCGUCUCGUAAGUUGAUUGAAUGGCCAGCACAUCAUGCUGCUGUAAGUCUGUCAUAG